GGCUGCCUCCGAACUUCCUCAAUCCAUCCAGCGGCAUAAAAGCGCGGCAGUCCCGGCCCGGCGCUCCCAGUGCUCCCAGUGCUCCCACCGACGGCUCCAUGCUGGGUGCUCAGCUGGUCCCCAGGAUGUGGUGGCUGCUGGCCCUGCUGGUCCCAGUGGCUCUGGCCCAGUUGCACCCGGAGCCGGAGCUGGACACGCAGUGGGAGCUGUGGAAGAAAACCCACCGCAAGCAGUACAACGGCCAGGCAGACGAGGUGACACGGAGGCUGAUCUGGGAGAAGAACCUCAAGUACAUCAACACCCACAACCUGGAGCACGCGCUGGGCGUCCACACCUUCGAGCUGGCCAUGAACCACCUGGGGGACAUGACCAGCGAGGAGGUGGUGAGGACGAUGACGGGGCUGAAGGUGCCCCGUGGCCACCAACGUCACAAUGAGACUCUCUUUGUCCCCGACUGGACCGAGAGAGCCCCGGCUGCCAUGGACUGGCGCAAGAAGGGCUACGUCACCCCUGUCAAGAACCAGGGCCAGUGUGGCUCGUGCUGGGCGUUCAGCUCGGUGGGCGCCCUGGAGGGGCAGCUGAAGAGGAAGACGGGGAAACUGCUGUCCCUGAGCCCCCAGAACCUGGUGGACUGUGUGUCCAACAACGACGGCUGCGGCGGCGGGUACAUGACCAACGCCUUCGACUACGUGCGGCAGAACCGCGGCAUCGACUCCGAGGACUCCUACCCCUACAUCGGCCAGGACGAGAGCUGCAUGUACAGCCCCACCGGGAAGGCGGCCAAGUGCCGCGGCUACCGCGAGAUCCCCCAGGGCAACGAGAAGGCCUUGAAGAGGGCGGUGGCCCGGAUCGGCCCCAUCUCCGUGGGCAUCGACGCCAGCCUGCCCUCCUUCCAGUUCUACAGCCGGGGGGUUUACUACGACGAGAACUGCAACGCGGAGAACAUCAACCACGCCGUGCUGGCCGUGGGCUACGGGACACAGAAGGGCACCAAGCACUGGAUCAUCAAGAACAGCUGGGGCGAGGAGUGGGGCAACAAGGGCUACGUCCUCCUGGCCCGCAACAUGGACAAUGCCUGCGGCGUGGCCAACCUGGCCAGCUUCCCCAAGAUGUGACACCCCGGCCCUUCCCUCCCCACCUCUCGGCCUUCCAACUCGGCCUCUUCCCUCCCGGUCUCAAAGGACAGCGCUCCCGGGGGGAAUUCUGCGACUCCAUGAGAAAUUUCCCCCGGGAAAGGGGAGGGAACCCCUCGCCCGGCUGCAGUGAAUGGAGGGAGGAGCUCCCCCCAGCUCUGUUUUCCUGGGAAUUCUCUGCCGUGCUGGCUUCUGCCUUCCCGUGGAUCAUGCUUGGCCAGAUCCAUGAAGGCCGAUCCAUGCAGAGAUGCUUCAGGAAAUGGGUCCCAGGCCAACCUCUGCCUCCAGGAAUACUGGGGAACAGUGGAGGUGGAAUAUUCCCAAUGGAGAGCACAGAUCCCUAUCGCUCCACCCUGUAUCCCGGUGGAGGCUGCUGAGAAUGAUACGACUAUUUUUCAAAUAAAAUUGGGAAUAAA